UAAGAACUGAGUAUGUCAUACUAGAUCGGACGUGGCCGAUUAAGACAAAGAAGAAGAAGAAGAAGAAGAAGAAGAAGAAGAAGAGUAUGUCAUAUAGCGAGAAAUAUAUUAAAGACAAAGUGACUGAAGGAUUGAAAGCUUCACACGUGGAACCAUUUUCGAAAUUUCUGCGAUUAGUUUUGCGAUUCGAGGAUAAAUUUUGGGGCCUUGCAUAAGGGAAAAUGCAGGGAAAACUGCAACUCGCCUUGGUCUCCUGUUUUGCCAUUCUCUUGAGAUGCUGUGUCAUUCAUCAUUCGCACAGCGGAGAGGGCAAGCCUCCUAUGUACGGAGAUUAUGAAGCACAGCGACACUGGCAAGAAAUCACAUUGAAUCUACCCUUUGAUAAGUGGUAUAUCAAUACCACAGAAAAUGAUCUACAAUAUUGGGGUUUAGAUUAUCCACCUUUAACAGCAUAUCACAGUCUUUUAUUAGGUCACAUUGCAAACAGAAUAGAUCCGUCUUUUGUAAAACUGCAGGAAUCCAGAGGAUUUGAGACUGUAGAGCAUAAACACUUUAUGAGAUCGACUGUCUUAAUUGCAGAUAUUUUAAUUUAUAUACCAGCAAUUAUUUAUUUUGUAAUCAAUUUGCAUUUGCCAGAUAGUUAUCAAUAUAAUGAGUCCAAUAUAUUCAAGUUUAAGAAAAGAGACGCCAUCCUUUUGACAAUGCUGAUUUAUCCAGGGUUAAUAUUAAUAGAUCAUGGACAUUUUCAAUACAAUUGCGUGUCGCUGGGUUUCUUCGUCGCCGCUGUAGCUGCUAUGAUGCAAGAUUCAGUCAUCCUUAGCUCAAUUCUGUUUGUCUUAGCGCUGAACUAUAAACAAAUGGAAUUGUAUCACGCUUUACCAUUUUUCUCUUAUAUACUUGGGAUUCAUAUAUCCAAUAAGACAAAAUCUUGGUUUUUUUGUAUUCGCAUGUUGACAUGCAUCUCUUUUGUAGUACUAUUAACGUUUUACAUUAUUUGGAUACCAUUUUUCAAAAGUAGAGAUUUAUUUUUCAGUACAGUGCUCAGAUUAUUCCCGUUUUCCAGGGGUGUAUUUGAAGAUAAAGUUGCCAACAUGUGGUGUGCAAUCAAUAUUUUUUGUAAAUUACGACAGAUUUUUACGAACGCGCAAUUAGCCAAAAUUUGUUUAACGGCAACAACAUGCGCAAUUUUACCGAGUAGCAUCAAUUUAUAUUUUUUACCUACAAAAGAUACAUUUAUACUUUCUCUAAUAAAUUCCGCCAUAGCGUUUUUCCUUUUCUCAUUUCAAGUUCACGAAAAGUCUAUUCUUUUAGUUGCCGUACCGGUUUUAUUGUAUUUUAAUAAUGAUCCUCUUCCUUGUUUUUGGUUUUUGAUCAUAUCACAUUUUAGUAUGUUACCAUUAUUUAUAAAAGAUGAGCUAUAUCUUGCUUAUCUUGCCACAAUAGUUUUUUAUUUCUGUUUGAUUUUUUGGAUGUGGUCCGAUGUAUUUCACAAUGACAAAACAAAGAGUUUGUUAAAUAAGAGUACAUCAAGAUCAAAGGAUAGAAUGCAACAAUAUGAAAAAAAUAAAUCUCUUUCAAAUUUACUAAGCUAUAAUAAAAAAUUGUGGCUCUCUAUUGCGUUCUAUGGAUCCAUUUUAGGUGUAUUACUUCUUUCUAUCAUUAGUAAAUUUGUAAAACCCCCUGAAAAAUAUCCUGACUUAUUUUCUCUCUUGGUAUCGAUUUAUUCAUGUGGACAUUUUCUAGUCUUUUUUGUGUAUUUCAAUUAUGUCCAACUAUUUGUCCUAAGGAAAGAUAUUCUGGCGAGUAAAGUUAAAUCACAUUGAUGGAGUUAUUGAAAAUAGAAAAAAAUGUGUAUAAAUUAUUAUAAAUAAUAAAUAAAAAUCUAAUAGAAUCUA